AUGUUUCAUCGUAUUGAAAUGAAUGAAGUGACUGAAGAUGGAAAUGUCCAAACGAUUGUGGAGUCGUUUGUUGAAUAUCAAGUAAAUAUUGGCUGUUAUCAAUGUUAUCUCUAUUUUACUCGAACUGUACCACUGGAUAUCACGAAAUGUACCAUUCAAGGUACAUUUUCACGGAUUGCAUUGGUGUACCCAUGUGAGAAUGAUGAUGAAGUUGGUACAACGACUCAAGUACUUUGGUAUCUUGAUAUUAAACAACAUGUUGACAUUUCAACUUGCACAAUAGAAGACAAGAACGAUCAUUGGUACAUGCGUCUUCCCGUCCAUUCAAAUACAUCGCAUGGUUUCUCGUCAAUCUCAAGUCAUGAGUUAGAAGCAGAGAAUUAUGGUACAAUUUCAUGUCGAACUUGUACCAUGCCAUUGGUACACUCGAAUAUUAUUAACAAAGUCUUGCCAUUACCAUCUACCAACUGGAUGGAUAUGUUGGACUUUUGGGGAGCUGGAGAUGGUGCAUUUGAACAUAUUCCACGUGAAGGAAUUGUAGCACAGCCGCAUCGUGUGCUUGUAGGUGAGUCUUUUGUAUUACUACAUGUUCAAGAUUUUCUGGUACAUGCUAUUGUGGCACAUGGUACCACAACAGAGGGGGAAUGGGUACCAUUGAAAUGUACCAAAUGUUGUGUUUCAAUUGGUUUGUCAAGUUUCGAUCAUGUUGAAACUAUUCGUCUUGAUAAACAUUUGAUACAUGCUUCAAAGAAUACAAUGACAAGUUUGGAGGAUCAAGAGAAUGUUUUUGCAACAUAUACUGUUGAUAGUAUCGUAUGUGCCAAAAUAUUGGAACAAGCAGAUGCUGAUGGUACCUUUCGUUUUCGUUUGACAACUGGUACACUUGGUACCUCGAUGAAUUUACAACUUUUAAGUUGGAAUACCCUGAUCAAACAUCGUCAUGUCCCAACAUUUCGACGUGUACUCAAAGUAUUGUACAAACAUGAUCAAGUCUUGUCCGAUCAUGCGUACGAAAUUCAUCUUUCAACUAAUAUGUACGCAACGAUCGUCCAGCGACUUCAAUAA